UGCGCACUUCUGAGAGUGGCGGCGCUGGACGAUGGUAGCGAUAGCACCUGCCAAGGGGGCCAGAGCUCCAGAGAAGGGUUCAUUUCCACUUGACCAUGGCGGCGAGUGCAAGCCGCACAUGAAGGCCUUCCUCGCCUGCCUCAAGAAACACGACAGCGACCACCUCCCGUGCAAAAGCCUGUCGAAGCUCUACCUUGCCUGCCGAAUGGACAGGAACUUGAUGGCGCGGGAGGAGUUCGAGAAGCUCGGCUUCAGCACGGAGGAGGAGUACGAGCGAAUACGGAGGCAGGCCCCCGUCAAGGAGGGUACGAAGGAAGGGGAGGGCUUCGUGGGAGGGACCCAUAUUCGACAGCGAGGUGGCGGCUGGCUGUCCAACUGGAAGAAGAAGGAUUAGUCUGCCGCUUUUUUAGAAAAAAAAUCUGUAUGCAUAGAUGUAGUAAAUGUAACAGCGGUAAUUGCACCUGUGUUCGGUGGGGGGGGGGCACGGAAAGGACUUGAUGGUUGGUUGUGAUCGUCGAUGACAAUUUUUCGCGCCUCCACUCUCGAGAGGAGGCAGAGCACCGUUGUAUUUCCCUCCCGAAAGACGUCUCCAAACUUUGGAGGGGAAUGGGAAGGGGAGGGGGUCGUUGUGCUGGUAGACUGCUGUCGCAUCCUUACAAAGACGCGCCAGACAGAGAAUGUGAAGUUUUCCGCUAGUCAAGUAAGCACGUUAUGCGGGGGGGAGGGGGUGGGGUAGAGGCCACCCGUUGGAUGUCGUGGGAGCACCUGAAGGUUGUGGACACCCUCUAUGCUUCAAUUUCUUCAGAGAACUUGCAAGAUGUUGGCCACAUUCGUUGACUGCUGGCGAAUUUCUUGAGGAUCAUGGGCACCCGUCGGGUGAGGGGGAAUGGGUUGAGCAUGGUGCACGGGCAAUAAUAUAGCAGGACGGCUCUAAUAUGGAAUCGAGGAUCCCAUCGUAAGUGCGCUCGCUCCCCCAAUUCUCGCCAAAUCAGGAUCUGACAUGUGCAUUUUUCGUGUGUUCCAUCCUAUCGCAUU